GCCACUGAAGAUAAAAGCCGUGGAGAUAAGAUUAGAUACCUCGGUCGACAGCGCCAGCAUUCUACGAGGCGAUCGGCUGGGGUUGUGGCACCGCGGUCGCCAGGUCUUCGUCUUUUCUCAGUUUCUCUAGCGUGUUCGACGGUGUGACAUACCCCGAGAAGUUAGCGCCAAGAGCAGGUUUUCUAGAGCCGCUGUUCCAACGCAUGACUGCCAUGACUACCUACGUUAAACCUUUCCACUCUCCACUCAUGGGACCCAAGAAAAGCUUCCAUGACUACGAACUCGAGCACAGCUUCAACAAGAGGCUGAGCUGUCUCGUGGGGGUCACUGUGAUCUCCUUCAUCAUUGGGGUCGCUGCCCUCUCGAUCUCCGUCCUGCUGCUUCUUCAGAGCAAGGGUCCCUGCGACGCCGAGCAGGAUGUUCUCGCCAGCAUGCAGCAGCGCAUCGAGUACCUGGAGCGUCAGGUUCCCUCGCUGGUCCCGACGGCGACCCACGGCAGCCCCGCCCACAGCGCCCCCACGGUCCCCGACUUCCCUCGCAAGGAGGCGCCUGUGACCGAGGACGACCGCGCUAGCUACGGCCAAGGCAGCGAGCCUAACGAUGAUGACCACAAACCCUCCGUUCAAUACGUCGAUGAACACAGCACUCCCGUUGAGCACGUGAUUGAAGUUGAACAGAAGGACCCACAGACUCCUGCCCCUGAGAAAGGACCUGAGGACUUCCCCGGUCCUUCCGAACCCGGUCUUCCUGCGGGGUACGACGACGACGAGGACCACGGAGAGGGGUCGGGGGAUGACGAGUGCCCGGUGUUCGCUCGGCCCGUGUGCCCCGUCGGCUACAGGAUUUGCCAGACCGCACAGAGAUGCCCCAGGCCAGUGUGCUGUUAGUGAAAGCAACGCGAACGUGUUCGCGCCUCACACAAAAGUAGAGCAGGCGGGGAGGAAAAAAAAAAAGUCGCUUAAAAAGUUAGGUUCAUUCUAUUGGCUCGUUUAUAGCUUUGAGUUCGUGAGAGACAUUCGUGUUGCAGAAAUCAUUGUAAUCGAGUUCGAUGAGAGAGACUUGCUAGCCACUUGGCACUUUCAGCUUGGUCCACUUGUGAAGUGAAUGAUGUAUUUGAGAUCAUGGUGAUAUCACGUUUAUUUCUCGCCCGUGAAAGCCUUUGUCUCCGAUGAUUUAACGUAAUAAAUGACACGAAAGUCUUUUGCCUACUCCAGCACAGAAACCUUGCUAUAAUCACCUUUAUGUUACACGUAUGAACUAGUGUGUUAUGAUAAUUCAGCAUCAACCUUCAGUAAUGUUCAGUUCCGGACAGUUAGUAACACACAUCGCAAUACUCUUAGAAAAAAAAAAACGAAAGAAAAUUAAACGAACAAAGAAAAUUAAUUACCUUAUUAAGCAUCACAUACUUCACAGUAGGUGACGCUUUUAAACUCAGCAUUGGAUGAAUGGCAUCUAUUCAUUCAUUGAUUGAGUGAGUAUUGCGAUUUAUGCCACUAACUAUAAAGAAAGGAAUCGGUAAGUAGGUUUUAAGGAUAAAUACGUUGGACAAGUCAUGUGGAUAUCUUAAAGAGCGUUUAUGUGCGUAACUAGUGAUUCUGUUCAGUUCCAUUUUCAUAUAUUAUAAUCAGAUUUUAAAAAUCAUAUGUAUAUCUAUGUGAACUACGUCUCAAUGUGUGGUUUGUUUCCGAGCUAUCAUUGUAAUCUUUAUAAUAAAUCUAUGAUAUAAG